AUGGCGGAUCACACUGAUCCCGACCAGAUUCCGCACCUGGAUCACCUGAUUCUUCUCCUCAACGAUCCAUACACUGCCUCCACGCAGAGCACGGAGCAGCUCGACGAGGCGAUUGCCAUCUUCUCGAAUCUUGGCUUCAUCGUCGUUCGCGGAGGACGACACGCCGACGACCUUACCUCGAACGCGCUUCUCGUUCUGCCCGACGGCGUUUACAUCGAGCUGAUUCAGUUCGACAAGGGCCCUCCGCCGGAAUCCACCGAGUCUCAGGCGGACUACGAGGCGAGGAGGAAGAAGCACUGGUGGUACCACUCCAAGGCGGGCUGGAUCGACUGGAGCCUCCUCGGCGGCGUCGAGGAUGGUCGCAUCGCUGCCAUCAACGUGGCCGCCGAGGAGCACCGACGCGGCCUGCUGAACCUCGUUCGAGGUGCGGAAGCAGUAGGCGAGGAGAGGGAGAAGCGGAACCUGUCUGCUGCCGCUGUUACGCUGCCGACCCUCCGCUACGAUGCUCCGCAGAGAGGUGGCAGGAAGACGCUCGAUGGAAAGCAGCUCGGAUGGCACGUCACUUUUCCCUCGCCGCGAGGCACAAAGGAACAAGCGACGGGCCUCGAGGUCGGAUGCAAGAGGAACAGCGUGCCGUUCUACUGCGAGGAUCUCAACCCGCGAGAGUGGAGAGUCCCGAGCCUGCAUUCGUCGCACCCGAACCAGUCGACGGGCGUCAGCUCCAUCACCCUUCUCUACUCGCACGAACGCUCCGCAAUCGCUUUCAAGGAUCUGGCGCUCAGCACGUCGUUGCCCCUCGACCUGGCGUCCCUCUCCGAUGCGUCUCAUCAGGACCUCACCGUGGCCCGACCGCCCAACCUCGUCCUUCGCGCUCCGGCUGACGCUGAGCCCGGAUCGGGACCGAACGAGCUGCGACAGGGCUGCGCCGCCGUCAGUCGAAAGCACAGGAUCAAGGUGCACGUCAAGGUCGCUGAUGACCCAGAGGAACGCGACUGGAUCAAGCGCCACGGCGAGGGUCUCUACGAGGUCGAGCUCUACGUAUCGGCUGCCAAGCUGCCCUCCUCGGCUCCUCCUGAUGGCGUUGAACACACCACCCUCGAUGCUGGCUAUGGCAGGCUCAGGCUGCACCCGGUCAUGCGCUGA